AAGUGCGUCACGCCGGCAAGAUGGCGGCUGCGGCGGGCCGGCCGGGGGUCCUGGGCCGCCUCUGCCGUGUGCUGCUCUUCCUCUCACAGUUUUAUAUCUUGUCGGGCGGUGGAUCCUUAAACCUAGAGCACUCGCAGCCGCGGGCUCGGGCGGUGCGGGAUCCGGGCGCCACGCGCACGUUCACAGUGGUUCCCAGGGCGGCAGAAAGCACCGACAUCCCGCCCUACGUGAUGAAGUGUCCCAGCAAUGGCUUGUGCAGCAGGCUCCCUGCCGACUGCGUGGAGUGCAGGACCAACUUCUCCUGUGUCUACGGGAAGCCCGUCACCUUCGACUGCACAGUCAAGCCUUCCGUUACCUGUGUGGAUCAGGACUUCAGAUCGCAAAAGCACUUCGUCAUCAACAUGACUUGCCGGUUUUGCUGGCAGCUCCCGGAAACCGACUACGAGUGCUCCAACUCCACCAGCUGCAUGACGGUGUCCUGUCCUCGGCAGCGCUACACCGCCAACUGCACGGUGCGGGACCACGUGCAUUGCCUGGGUAACCGGACGUUUCCCAAGAUGCUGUAUUGCAACUGGACCGGCGGCUACAAGUGGUCCACGGCCCUGGCCCUGAGCAUCACCCUCGGCGGCUUCGGCGCGGACCGGUUCUACCUCGGCCAGUGGCGGGAAGGCCUCGGCAAGCUCUUCAGCUUCGGCGGCCUGGGGAUCUGGACGCUGAUCGACGUGCUGCUGAUCGGCGUCGGCUACGUGGGGCCGGCAGACGGCUCUCUGUACAUUUAGCGGCGAUCGUGCUUCAGGGGGAGCGGCGCCUGGAAGGCCUCGGCCCGGAGGAAGUGAUGUCGCGAGUGCGCAUUAGUAUGUGUUUAAUGUACAGCAUCUGUACUUGGCCUGCCUUGAUGAAGGUAAAAUUACAAAAGAAAAAAACACUGCACCGUGCUUCUCCGGAAUUCGGUUUCAUUUGCCUGAGAUGUAUUUUUUUCUGUGAAAAAACUGGGACUCGAUUAACCUGGAGGAACGAACUCUGCAGUGACUGGAAAUCGGUUUCGUUCCCGUGACUUCGUUUUCUGUUGCUUAAGUCGAAGUGCAUCGCUCGGAUCUCGGCCAGGACGGGAUGGGCCUGCAGGAGCCUUUCAGCUGUGACGCGGGAAGUGGGCGGUUUAUUCUUUAGCCCAAUAACAGACCACCCGCACUUCAGUGCUCCGUGAGUUUUGCGAUGUCGUGUGUAUGUCCGGUCUUCGUCUGUGACUGUUUAACGUGAACUAGAGCUUUCAUGUCUGGUGGCUGUGGUUUGAACUUGAUUAGUAAUGUAAAAGGUUUGAGAGGACUGAAGAAUUAAUAAAGUUAUAACUGGCUCUAAGAA